AUGUGUACUGACGGAUGUAAAAAUUGUAUUGGAAAAUUUUGUAUUGCAGGUUAGUGUAAAUAAGGUUAUUAUUAUAAUAAUAAUAUCCUCAAUGUUUAAUGCCUGAAUUGCGAUUAAAGUUGCUUAGAAUGUAAUGGAGCUGGAAAUAGUAAAUGCACCUCUUGCAGAGAUAAUUUUUAAUUUUUAAAUGGUUAAUGUAUUUCAUGCAAAAUAAAUAAUGGCGAAUUUUAUGACUCAAGUGACAAAAAAUGCCAUCCAUGCUCUCUUAACUGCUUAACUUGCUCUGAUCAAAAUACUUGCACAUAGUGUGUAAAUAAUUUUGUUCUAAUUGAUAAAAUAUGUUCUUAAACAUGCCCUCAAAAAAAUUAGUUUUAUGAUAAAAAUAAUAUAUGUUUAAAUUGUGAUUCCUCUUGUUAAACUUGUAUUUACGCUGCUACAAUCUGCACAUCAUGCCCUAUUAAUUUUUAUUUAAAUACCAAGAGCUAAAAAUGUUAAAUUAAAUGUGAUUAGCCUGGGUUUUUCAUUUAAUAAAAUAAUUGUAUGCCGUGUGAUUCUUCGUGCCUAACUUGCAAAGAAACACCUACAAAUUGCACUUCAUGCUAACCUUAUUAAUUUUUAAAUGUAUUAUAAUAUACUUGCUCACCCAAAUGUCCUGAAAAUGGUUUUUAUAUUUCAGGUUAAAGAUGUAUGCCAUGCCAUCCUUCAUGCGCUACUUGUUCAGGACCAUUAUAAACUUAGUGCAAUUCUUGUUAAUCAAAUUUAUUUAAAUAUGGUGAUGAUAAAAUUUGCAAGACUUGUCCGAAUUCAUCUAUUGAUCACUCAAUUACAGUUUAAAAAAUGUAAAAUUGCUAUCAAGUUUCUCAAAAAUGUUUACUUAAUUUUUAGACAUAUAAAUAUGAAUUAAUAGUUAUAUGUAGCUAGUGCUAAAAUCCUUAUGUAUUAUCUAAUAAUAAUUGUGUUAAAACAUGCUCAGAAGUAGCCUAAGACUAUAGCUUUAACAAUUAACUUGGAUAUUGUUAGUGUAUACCAUCUAGUCCAUUCUAACACAAUUUAUAGAAUGAUAAUAUAUUAUGUAGUAGCUUUUAGUUAUCUGGAUAUUAUUGUGAUUAAAAUAAAAUAUGCAAUCCCUGCUAAUAGUCUAAAUGUUAAAUCUGUGUAAAUCUGUAAGUUUGUACUACUUGUGAGUAAGGUUAUUACUUGUGGUAGAAUAAUUGUAUAAAUGCUUGCGAAUCUGACUUAGGUUUAGAAGUUUCAUAGUCAAAUAAUCAAUGCGUUUGUAAACGAAGCUACAUAUUUUAAGCUUAGAAAUAAAUUUGUAUUUUAUAAUUAUAAAUAAGCUCAAUAAAACUCACAAAAGAUUCAUAAUAUAAUAUUAUAACUGUUGUUUUCAAUAGAUCUCCUUAUCCUGAUGAAUUAAAAACAAUGAGCUUGCAAAUUGACCCCAAUAAGUUAAUUCCAAUUAUAGACUACACAAUAGUCACAUAAUACUAAAAUGAAAAGAAUUUAGUUUUUUAUAUCUCAACACAUUAAAAUAUCAAAAUAAGCUAAAUAGUGAUCUAUUAUAUCAACAUAUAAGUUAUUUAUAAAGUUUAAAAUACAGUUCUUACAUCUGAGGAAACUAAUUAUAAUCUAUAAAGCAGACAAAGUUUAACAAGUUACAUGAAUAGUUUGGGUCAAACUUUAAGUCCCUAAGAAGGUGCUGCAUAGACAAUAGUUAACAUCCUUAAAAAUUUUUAAAUAAUAUGUUUGUUGUUUAAUUUCGUAUAACUUUUAGGCCCACUAAUUGUUUUCAAAGAUUAUCUACCAUAACCUUUAUAUGUUGGAGCUCUGUUGGGAGCAUCUUUCAUUUUCACUGAAAUUCCAAAUUCUGAUGAAUUAAGUGCAAAUCUAAUUGGUUCGAAUAAUAACAAUUAAGAAUAAAGCAGCUAACAAUCUUUGCUUGAGCAUCUAGGAUUUAAUGAAAAUAUUUACUCUAAUUUACCUGUUCCACAUUUGCUUCUUAUAGCUUGUGUAGUAAUAAGUUUACUUUGCUUAUGUGCAAGAUGGACUAUGAAAGAGUACUCUUCAUAAAGACUAGUUGCUGUAAUCUAGUUAUUAAUGCAUAUCAUAUUUUUAAUACUUAUUUGUGGUAUUGUAAUUAAAAAAGAUAUUGAAUACAUCAAAAAUAAUAUACCCAAUUUAAUACUUAACUUGAACAUCAAAUCAAGAGGCUGGAAAAGCUAUAUAAUUAUGAAUUAUCUGAAGAAAUACAUAUGUAUAACUAUCAUAUAUGCAUUUUAUCAUUACCCUUUAGAAUGUUGCAUAUAAAUGAUGCAAAAGGAUAUAAUCUCAAAUGAAGAGAUGAUUAGUACAAUCGAUUUUAGUCUAAUAGUCUUGUAUAUGAUCAUUUCAUGCUUAGCUAUAGGCCUUCUUAUUUUUAUAGCUAAAACUAUGCACACUUAGAAUAAGCAGAAUCUAGAGUUACCAGUCAUAAAAAUACAACUUGGAUCUUCGUAUAUAAAUAAAAUUUGUAAGAGCAGCAACUCUGUAAAAAAUAAUUUAAAGAAUGAAAAUUUAAAAUAAGAAAUUAUUUGA